UGUGUGCCGUGUACUGUGUGUGCCAUGUGUGCUGUGUGUGCUGUGUGCUGUGUGUGCCAUGUCUGCGACGAUGUUUGUUUCUCUUACCCACGCUGGGGUGCAGGGCCCUGGGCUGGUCCCCACGCAACCUGGAUUUGGGAGCCCGUGUCCUCUGGGUCUCCUGUGCUGAGAGGCAUACACGUGUGGCGGUUCAUGGUCACAGCUCCCCUCUCCUCCCGCCAGGACUUCCUCCCCGCCGACAUCCAGACGCAGUUCGCGGUCAGCCGGGAGCUGAUCCGGAGCAUCUACAACAGCUUCUACAAGCUCCGAGACCGGGCCGAGCGGAUGGCGGCCAGGGCCAUCGACAACGCUGCCGACCUCCUCAUCUUCGGGAAGGAACUGAGCGCUUUAGGGUCCGACACGACCCCGCUCCCCUCCUGGGCCGCUCUGAACAGUAGCACGUGGGGGUCCCUGAAGCAGGCGCUGAAGGGCCUGUCCGUGGAGUUCGCUGUGCUCGCAGACAAGGCCGCACAGCAGGUGA